AUAAGCAAACUUCAGCAAAGUAGUCCAAGAAUGCUCACCAGUCAUCAUCAUCAUCAGAAUUUUUGUAUACAAUUUUAGCUGGUUUUUAACGCAGGAUCUGAUCAAAUAUUUUUAGGAAAUAUAAUUUUAGAUUAGCACUCUUGUAUUAUAGCUGAAAUGUCAGCAAAUGCUGUGAACUAGUUAUUUGAAAUCAAAUCUCAAAAUAAAAUAUCCUUCACCAAGGAUUGAUUUGCCUUCGCCCUUGUUCCAGUACCUAAUGUGGUUCAAGAGCGUAAAUAAGCUUACAUCUAAUAAUAUUAUGUAAGUAAUAAAUACUUAAGACAAUAGACAGUCAUCCGAUGAUACUUAAUCAAGCGAGUGCAAGUGAGGUAUUGAUUUCCAUGUACAAAGCGGCCAGAAGACUAUUGUCUGAUUUCAAAACUAAAAGUCCGAAACUAAGGGUGAUCAAGGACUGAAACAAACGGGCUGCUGUUUGAAGUUUGAUGCAUUUCAUGUCGAAUCAUUGAAAGUUGGAUGCAUUUCAUGACAUUUGAAGAUAGCCUUGGAUUAUAGCCCCAAAAAGGGCUGCUAUUUAAAGUUGGAUGCAUUGAUCUGCGUUCCGUGACAUUUGAAAAUAGUUUGAAGAUAUUAGCAACAAAAAGGUUAUCUAACAUCUUAAAUUUGUUUCUGCUGCCACAGUGAAAAAUUGAAGAGAGACAUUUUCAUUACUUAAUUGGACUAAAUAUGAUAUUAUCUUAAAUACUUCUGUUGCCUUUGCUUCCAGAGCCUUCAAAUACAAUGUCCAGUAAUAUAAAUAUCCUUCAGUAACUCAGUCAUUCUUUUUAAAAAGAUUCUUGUAAAAUUUUUUAUAGUAGCUUUUUCAAAAAAACUGACAAUUUUAGAAGUGAAAGUCUUAUAAGAUUAUUUAGCUAUACACUAGUUAAUUCAAAACAUAGUAUAUACAAUAUGAGUUUGUCAAUAAGCCGAAACAUACCUAAUAUCAAUGUUCAUGCUGGUGAAAAACCUUAUUCUUGUAACGUGUGCAAUAAGACUUAUUCGCGGAAGUAUAGUUUGGCUAGACACUAUCUUAUUCAUACUGGUGAGAAACCUUAUUCUUGUAGUGUCUGUAAUAAGAGUUUUUCUCGGAAAAGUAGUCUGACUAUCCACAAACAGGUCCAUACGGGUGAUAAACCACAUUCUUGUAGUGUAUGUAAUAAGACUUUUACACAGAAAAGUUCCCUGGCUAAGCAUAGUCUUGUUCAUACUGGUGAGAAACCUUAUUCAUGUAGUGUAUGUAAUAAGAGUUUUGCUCAGAAGAUUACCAUGAUUGAUCACAGUCUUGUUCAUACUGGUGAGAGACCUUAUUCUUGUAACAUAUGCAAUAAGAGUUUUUCUCGGAGGAGUAGCUUAACUAUUCACAGAACUAUCCAUACGGGUGAGAAACCUUAUUCUUGUAGCGUAUGCAAUAAGUGUUUUUCACAUAGGAAUGGUCUAGCUGAUCACAGUUAUAUCCAUACUGGCAAGAAACCUUUUUCUUGUAACAUAUGUAGUAGGAGUUUUACCCAGAGGUGUAACCUGAUUGCUCACGGUCUUGUUCAUCAAAGUGUGAAACCUUAUCCUUGUAGUGUAUGUCCUAAGAGUUUUUCACGCAGCACCUAUCUGACAGAGCACAUGCGGGUUCAUACUGAGGAGAAACCUUAUUCUUGUAACGUGUGUAAUGAGACUUUUUCUAAGAGGAAUAGUCUGGCUAAGCACAGUCUAGUAGCUCAUAAUGCUCAGAAACCGUAUUCUUGUAGUGUAUGUAAUAAGAGUUUUUCACAGAGUAGAUAUCUGACUUAUCACAAACGUGUUCAUAAUGGUAAGAAACCUUAUUCUUGUAACAUAUGCAAUAAGAAUUUUUCUCGGAGGAGCUGUCUGUUUCUACACCAACAUGUUCAUACGGGUGAGAAACCUUAUUCUUGUAGUGUAUGUAGUAAGAAUUUUACACAGAAGGGUGCCCUGACUGCGCACAGUUCUGUUCAUACUGGUGAGAAACCUUAUUCAUGUAGUGUCUGUAACAAGAAUUUUGCACAGAAGAGUGCCGUCGCUGUGCAUAGUCUUGUUCAUACUGGUGAGAAAGCUUAUUCGUGUAACAUAUGUAGUAAAAGCUUUUCACAGAAGAGUUCCCUGACAGAGCACAGUAGUGUUCAUACGGGUAAGAAACCUUAUUCUUGUAGCAUAUGUAAUAAGAAUUUUUCUCGAAGAAGCUGUCUGUCUGUCCACAGACAUGUUCAUGCUGGUUUGAAACCUUAUUCUUGUAGUAAAUGUAAUAAGAGUUUUUCACAUAGGAGUUAUCUGUCAAAUCACAGUUGUGUUCAUGCUGAUGAAAAACCUUUUUCUUGAAGUGUUUGUAAUAAGAUUUUUAAAGAGUUGUAUAAGUCUCCCAUAACGAGUUAGCUGCUACAAAUUAAGAGUAACGAGAACCAGUAAAGUUCAUUCCAGCAAUUUAGGAAAAUAAGCAACAACAAAAAAAGGGAUUUGAGGAAAAGUAAAUAUAGAUAUUUUAUUUAGCAUGUUCAUAUUGUAGAUAUAAACUCAUUUAAAGAGUACCAAAGUAUUGAUUCAAAGAAUUGGAAUGGUAUGUCAGUUUAGAAUUCUCACCCAAAGAAAGUGGCUAUUUUGCACGCUUUAAUUUUCCCCACCUAAGUGAGCUCUUCCACUUUGCAGCCAACUUGUCAUGGUUGAAUAAUUCCUAAUUGUUUUUCAUACUGGUGAGAAGCCUUAUUCUUGUAACUUUUUUAAAAGUUUUCUCACUGAGAAACAGUUAGGCUAAAGACAGUCUUUUUCAUAUUGGUGAGAAAUCGUAUUCUUUUAGUGUGAGUAAUAAGACUUUUUUGACAAAGAUAGCUUUAACUAGACACAGUCACACUCAUACAAACAAGUAACAAUAUUCUUGUAACAUACGUAAUAAAAAUUUUUCAGAGAGGUCUACUUUAACUGUAUAUGGUUGUGUUCAUACUGCUGAAUAACCUUGUUCAUGUAAUAAGUGUAAUAAAUAUUUCGUCUUUUUUUUA